GGGAAGUGUGUGUAAGUGGGACUGGUCCUCUUGGGCUCGGUGUAGAAAUGCUCUCAUCUCCUGGUGUUGCUUUGCAGGGACUCAACACAAUGAGGAAACACUGAAGCUCCUACACACAGAAGAAGGAUCUGUCACUGCUGCACACUUUUUAAAGCCUCGCGCCUCCCGUCUUCCUCCUCCGGCAGCCAUGGCCACGGCCGUCAUGAUGAUGCUGCUGCUGUCAGCAUCCCUCCUCCUGUCUUCCGCUCUACCUUUCCAGCAGAAAGCAUUCUGGGAUUUUGGCGAAGACAUAGACGUCAGAGAUCUGAUGACGAUGAUGAAGGACCAGGAGGAAGGCUCAGCGUUUGAGGAAGUCCCUCUACCGGAGACGCCGACGUGUCCAUUCGGGUGCGUGUGUCACCUGAAGGUGGUGCAGUGCUCCGAUCUCGGUUUGCUGUAUGUCCCGUCCAGCAUCCCAUCUGAUACGCUGCUGUUGGACCUGCAGUGCAACGGCAUCACCGAGAUCCGAGAGGGAGAUUUUAAAGGCCUCAGUAACCUCUACGCGCUAAUUUUGAGGAGCAAUCUGAUCUCUUGGGUUCACCCUCGUGCCUUCCUGCCCCUGAAGCGGCUGCAGAAGCUCUACAUUUCCCACAACCUGCUCACGUCCAUCCCUCGCAACCUGCCCGCAUCCCUUGUCGAGAUGCGUAUCCAUGACAACCGCAUACGCAGAGUAUCUGCAGGAACCUUCAGUGCCCUGGGAAACAUGCAUGUUAUCGAAAUGGGUCGCAAUCCCAUCCACAACAGCGGAUUUGAGCCAGGAGCAUUCAAAGGUCUCAAACUGAACUACCUACGAAUCUCAGAGGCAAAACUCACUGGUGUGCCAAAAGAUUUGCCAGCAACUCUCCAUGAGCUCCAUUUAGACCAUAAUGAGAUUCAGGCGAUCGAGCUGGAGGACCUCAGCCGAUACAAGCAGCUGCAGAGGCUGGGUCUCGGGUCGAAUCAUAUCCUGCAUAUUGAACGUGGCGCGCUCUCGUACCUGCCCAGCCUGAGGGAGCUUCACCUGGACCACAACCGUCUCUCCAACAUCCCCAGUGGACUGUCCAACAUGAAAUACCUGCAGGUGGUCUAUCUUCACUCCAACAACAUCACCUCAGUGAAGGUGAAUGAUUUCUGCCCGACGGGGUUCGGAGUGAAGAAGGUCUUCUAUAAUGGCAUCAGUCUGUUCGGGAACCCCAUUGAAUUUUGGGAAAUUCAGCCUGCCACUUUCCGCUGCGUCACUGAUAGCAUGGCCGUGCAGCUCGGCAAUCAUAAGAAAUAAACACCCAGUGCCCCCACACACACACACACACACACACACACACAAUUAAAAGAGCACGCACAAAUGCUAAAGUUAAAAACCAAAGAAACGCCUGAGACUCUUUUGGUGGUACAUUAUUAUUACCACAUGUUUUAUAACAUGGUUAUAACGUUUUAUUUCAGUCAUGGUCGUGUGUUUCCUGAUUAUCGUUUUAAUUUCCAUUUUAGUUCAGUCUCGUAUCCCGCGUCCUGCAUGUCGCCUGUCCGUACUGUCCUGUCCAGAGGAGAUUGUUAUUGUCUGUCUGUUUCAGUGUUAGCGUCUUUUACACACUACAGCUUCACUCUUAUACUUUAUGCACUAAUUUAGAUCCCAGACUGCUUUCAUUUUUCUUUUUUUCAAUAAAUCACCCAGAUUUUGUAACAGACGGUGACUGAUUUGAUCUGAUUAAUCACAUCUUACAAUAAAGACCACAACAAUGAAUACCGCAUAUAAUAAUAUUAAUAUAAUAAUAAUACUGUAUAACAGGAAUGUUUGGCUUCUUUUAAAAUGUACUUUGUCUGUCUGUAAAACAUAAAACAUGUACAGUACUGUCUAA